CUUAGUCUUUGCUGGCGUUCUUUCUCCGUGUCUCUCUUAGUCUUUGCUGGCGUUCUUUCUCCGUGUCUCUCUUGUUGCCUAUCGAUCGUCGUCUGCUGCUGUCCACGAGAGGGCUUACUCGGUGGUCAUUUUGUUUCCAGUUAGCGAUGGCUUCGCGGGCCGUGACGGGCUGCUCUCUCUCUCUUCAGCUCCUCCUCUUAUGCCAUACGAUGGCCGUUAUUCUCUCCUCUGCUGCUCUCGCUGGGCCCGCUCUUGGCCCUCAGAUUUAUAUCAACUGCGGAGGAGGUACGGAUUUCGUGGACAUUUUCCAACGCACUUGGUCGAAGGACAAUUACACCGGCUCCAGCCCCUCCGUCGUCGGAACCAGUACUGUAACUGAUGUCAAUGGGACUGAUAAUCAUUUAAUUUACCAGAGCGCAAGGGUCUUCAUUCCCCCUCCCCCUGCGUUGUCAUCCGAAGGGCAGCAAGACUCAGCAGCAGCAGCAGCAGCAGCAGCAGAAAGUAACCCUACUUACUCUCUUCCGUGCGAGGGAGGGAACCGCUAUUUCCUCCGUCUCCACUUCAAUGCAUUCCCUUGCAUAGUCAACGGCACCACCUUCGAUCCUGCCAACGCGAACUUCUCAGUGCUUGCGGACUCUGUCACCUUGUUGAGCAAUUGGUCGCCGCUUCUCGAAGAAGGCGGCGCGGUGAACACAGCAGUCGUGAAGGAGUUCUCCCUCGUCUGCCAACCGGGCGGUGUGAUGAAAAUUGUCUUCUUGCCGGUCUCUUCUUCUUCUUCUUCUUCUUCUUCUUCUUCUUCUUCUUCUUCGUCUUCUUCUUCGCAGGUUAUGGAGGCUAGAGCCUCAUCGUCCCUCUCUUCACCCUCGUAUGCUUUCAUCAAUGCAAUUGAGCAUGUGUACAUCCCUCCUGGACUGUAUGGCGACAAGCUGCAAGCGUUUGCUUCCCUCACCGUGAUACGGUGGAAUUGUGGUGGAGUGACGGUGAGUCCUGGGAGCGAUCGACUCUUUCGGACGUGGGUGCCCGAUCCCCAGAGCACGAAGGCCACUACUAAUCUAGUGCAACCUCCCAUUGUCGUUGCCGGGUGUGAUGUGGCUCCUGCAUACGUUCCCGAGGACGUGAUGGUGACCGAGAGGCUUUCUGGCUGGCCUGACCCUGAAUCCUUUCCUAUAGACUACCAGAUCCCGUCGGAGAAGAAUGCGAGUUAUUUCGUCCGCAUGUAUUUUGCCGACCUUCGGUACACGACGGUAGGAGCGAGGGUGAUGGACGUGGCAAUCAAUGGCGUUGUGAGGAAGAAAGGGUUGGAUUCCGUCAAGGAGGUGGGUGCGUUGAAUGCCACGUGGCAAGAUUUCUUGGUCGAUCAAUCCUCGUCCGCAUCGGACACAAUCUUCAUAAGCAUCGAAGCGAAUCCGCAGUCGCUGAAUCGCCAUCCUCAGAUCAACGGUCUGGAAGUGUUCAAGCUCGGACUGAACGACUUGUCGUCUUCCGCCGACAAUCUGCGCAUCGUGCAGGCGGCGGACGGGACAACGGAGGUGGUCACUCGUCCGCCUUAUUCCACGGAAGCCGUUGCCGGCAUUCUGCACAAGUUCACAGAGUCUGAUGGGAACGCUGCUUUGCUUCCGCAGUGGAUGGCCAAUUCUGAUCCGUGUAGUGGCUGGACGGGUGUGUGGUGCGACGCCUCAGGACAGGGGAUCGUCACGAAGAUCGACCUGUCGUUUGUCCCCUCUCCGCCGGGGCUUGGAGGGGAGAUUCCUCCCGAGCUAGGACAGAUCAACACUCUCAACUCCCUCGUCUUGAGUAAUCAACGGUUCACCGGAUCGAUCCCUGACAGCUUGGGCAACCUGUCUUUCUUGCAGAACUUAGCUCUGGACAACAACCACCUGACGGGCGCCAUUCCGGCCACGUUCGCCAGCUUGCGACAGCUGGAGAGCCUUACGGUGCAGUUCAAUUCGCUCCGGGGGGAGGUUCCCGAAGCCUUGUUGAAAAGCGCGAGCCUGACGACCUUCCUGUCUGUUGGGGGGAAUAACAGCCUUUGCGCGCCUUCCACUGUCGACCAAGGGAGCACUCGUGGUCUGAAGUACUGCGAAGCAGAGUUCAGCACAGGGAAGAAGGGCACCCCGACGACGGGUACUGUAGUGGCAGUAACCGUGGUUGGUGCGGGUCUGGUGAUAGCUCUGAUGGCCUUGUACGUGAUGAGGAGGAGGAGGAGGAGACACGAGUCGUUGCCGGGCUCGUACACGGACUCCGAUUACACGACUAAGAUCUCUAGGAAUGGAGGCGGGGGAGGAUAUGGCAGGGGGUUGCCUGAUGGCGACAGCAGGAAGGUGGGGCAGCGAUUCACUCUGCAAGAGCUGAGAAAGGCGACGGAGGACUUCGACCACACGAGGGUGAUUGGAACGGGGGGCUUCGGGAAUGUGUACAAGGGGGUGCUGGAGGACGGAGAUGUGGUGGCAAUCAAGAGAGGCAGUCCGGAGUCGAAGCAAGGAAUGACAGAGUUCCAGACGGAAAUCAUCACGCUCUCGAAGCUGCGGCACCGCCAUCUGGUCAGCCUGGUCGGUUACUGCGACGACGAAGGGGAAAUGAUUCUUGUCUACGAGUACAUGGCUCUCGGUACUCUGCGCGGGCACUUGUAUGGAAAGACCUGUGGGACGGAGUACUCGACGCUGAGCUGGCGCAAGCGGCUGGAGAUCUGCAUAGGCUCGGCUCGCGGGCUGGACUACCUUCACUCCGGCGCGCAGGAGAUGGUCAUUCACAGAGACGUGAAGUCUACAAACAUACUGCUGGACGACAAGUACGUGGCCAAGGUGGCAGACUUCGGUCUGUCGAAGUCGGGACCCAGUGGAUUCAAUGAGACACACGUCAGCACGGCGGUCAAGGGAAGCUUUGGAUAUCUCGAUCCGGCGUACUUCAAGAGUCAGCAGCUGACAGAAAAGUCGGAUGUCUACAGCUUUGGCGUGGUGUUGCUGGAGGUCAUCACCGCUCGCGCGCCGAUUAGCCAGAACCUUCCCAAGGAGCAGGUGAACCUUGCGGAUUGGGCCGUGCCGUACUUGUUGGCCGGGAAAGUCGAACAGAUUGUAGACCCCAAAUUGGUUAACACAUACGGCACAGCUUCUCUGUACAAGGUGGCUGAAGUAGCGCUGCGUUGCCUGGGUGAGGAUCGUGACACACGUCCGUCGAUGACGGACGUGCGGCGGGGAUUAGAAGACGCACUGAUGCUGCAGGACACGUCGCUCAGUGUGGUUCUCGACACGCCCCCUGCGCCGAUGAUGUGUGUCAAUUACGACAGUGAAUACCACGACUACACCAAUGCCACAGGUACUAGUGAUCCUCCCAGCCCUCCGGAGUCCGUCCUGAUGGCCAGGUGACGUCUCGGUAGCUAUGAAAGCGACAAUCGGAAUUGAAUCGACGUGAG